UGUACUACUACAAUGAUAACAAGCCUCCAGUCACUAGGUUUUUGUCCCCAUGGAGGGGCAUGAGAAAAUAUUUGAGAACCACUGGGUUAAACAGUCCCCCAUCUAAACAUAAAAAACAGAGCUAUAAACAAAUGAAAAUAUUAAUAAUUAAGAAAAAUAAUUAUAUUAUUGUUAUAAAAAUGGGUAAAAUAACCCAGCGAGGGACAGUGCGUGAGACAGAGCCACAGUGUGUCAGGGCCACUAAGGUAGGAGGAGGACUAGGAGUCAGGACUCGAUUUAGACAGAGAAAUGGAGCUCGGUUGAGUUCAGAAUCACAGUUCAGGAUUAAGAACAUAAAUUAAAACUCAAAAGCCAGAAGGUGUAUUCAAAGCUACACCUUAACAUUUAAACAAGCACAGACUUGGAAACACCCUCAGGAGAAGUUGACCCAAGUCCAUUAGUUCUAGCCACGCCUCUUCCUAUUUAAAAUCAUCACUUCCUGUCUCUACCUGAGCAACAUGUCUGAGAAACUUCAGCAGCAGCAUGGAGGUGACCAGAAUCAUUUAAAACUUUCUUGUUCUGGACGUCUGGAUCUCCUGGUGGAACUAGUGACAAUAAGCUGUCGAUACUGUAGACAAAGUAAUGAGGAAUUCUGUGACAGAGCAGAGCGGGUGAAAUGGAAGUACAGCUGUCCUCAGUGCCAGGAGAGCUUUGAACCCAGGCCAGUGCUGAGGAAGAACAACAUGCUGGUUGAGAUACAUUUACACACAUUCUUCCUCUUAUUUCCAAAAUGUUUGGUUUGCUUCUCCUGCCAUGAGUUUACGCCGGUCUAAUCCUGACAGGGUUUGUUUUUGGUACUACAAUGAAGUGAACUUUGGUAAAUCUGCUGUUGCAGGAGCUGCAAGGUGCAGCUGCCACAUUUGAACGAUUUAUGUCAAUAUCACAAAAUAUUUUAUCAAGGGCAGAACUCACAAAACCAUGACAUGGAGUCAGCAGUAGACCAAAACACAAAAAGCUACCAAAACUUUAGUUUAGUUUGUAGGAAAAUCACUUCUUUGAUAGCUUCUGUUCCAUGCUCUGAUUGGUGGUUUCUUUCUUACUGACUCUGCAUAAAACAACCUCAAAACCCAGGACGUUACCAACAGCACGGGGUGUUUGUAUAUUGAGAGCAGUAUCUCUAUAUCUAAUCUAACUUCCUGAACAGAGCUGCCUUCUCCUUGUCAGUCAUUUUUCAGUCACCUUAGUCUUAGUUUCUUGUCCCUGUUGUUGCUUUUACGGUGGUCAAAGUUAAUUUGAAGCAACUCAUUUUGACUCAGGAGAAACUCAGGCCAGGAAGAGGGUUGCAGCUGGAGGAGGAGAUCUGUGACCUGGAGACAAGAGAACCCCAGCUGAAAGAGCUGUCCCAGGCUGAUGACUACAUCCAUUCAAUGCAGGUCAGAACUUAAAGUACACAUUCUUCAUGUUUAUCUUCUCUGUAUGGAAAGGUUGAAGAUCGCCUGAACCAUCUAAUGGCCAAAAGGUAAACUGCAGACAUGGACCAUUGGAGUAGCCACGCACAGACGCAAUCGAAUGCACAGCAAUUACUGUACCCUUUCUUGAACAACGUGUAGGUUAGUGUUAGCUAAUCUAAAGCCAACCUUUAGGUUGUGCUUAAAAACCUACAGCUGCUGUACCCGACCCCAGACAAAGGGCCCAAAAUGUAGUACCAGGAAUAAAAUGGUUCAAAACAGUAUUGGUCGGUUAGUCCCAGCUUUUACCUGUUUAAACAUGGUUGGUUACCCGUUGACUUGACUCUUUUUUUUUUUUAUUAGCUUGUCAGCUGCUAAUCCGCCUGCAUUUCUUGCUGAGCUCUUUAGCAUUAGUUGUUAGCCUGUUGUUAUUUGGUUAGCCUUUUGGUAUUGGCCUGUAUCCGCUUCACAUACUCUCUCUGGCAUCGGUUGGUGUUUGGCCUGAACAUUGGCCCUGAUAGCAUUAGCUUUGCAUUUACUUGCUUUUAUUGUAAGAUGUGACCAUGAAUAUGAAAUUGCCUUCAUUUUGAACUUGGCAUUAUUUUCUUCCAGACUUUUCAGUCUCUCCCCAAUGAAUGUGACUCAUCAGACAUUUUAUUCAGCACCAUUGUUGUUCGUUCCUUUCAAAACGUGACAUUUUGCGUGACUGAGCUCAACGAGAGGGUUGAGUUGGUGAUAAAGGAAGUAACUAGUGGAAAAGUGAUUGGUUGCUUUUAGUUGCGGGGCUAACGUCCUCAUGUAGUGUUUUCUGGAGAAAGACAAAUGUUUUCUCUCGUUUCUACAUUGUCUUAUGUGAACUUCCCACUAGAACCAGCUUCAAAGACCAGAAAAGAGUUUCUACAAUGUAAGAUCUUCUCAUGCACCUCCUUUACUUCCAUGAACACCACUGUCCCACGAACGUCACACAACUCGCAGUCUGGAAAAAACAACAACAUCCUGGAGUUUGGACUGCAGCGCCAGUGGUUGGGUAUUUUACAAUAACGUCGAGAGAGAGGUACCGGGGCUUCACUGCAAGAAGAUCGGCGUGUACCUGGAUUACAAAGCAGGUAACAAAAAUGGCCCUUCGUAACUCAUAUCCUUCCAUCAACAACUCUGUACCUGGAAACAUCACAAAUGAGACCAUUGUGGACGACAGGAUCUCCACCACUAUAGGCGCCCUCAUCCUCAGCCUCGUCUUCCUCCUGGGUGUUCCAGGGAACCUCUUUGUCAUCUGGAGCAUCCUGGCACGCGCUCGUAAGCAGUCCAUUACCACGCUGCUCAUCCUAAACCUGGCCAUCGCCGAUGGCUCCAUCAUGGCCCUCACACCGUUCUUCAUCAUCUACCUCGUUCUUAAGAAGUGGAUCUUCAAGAAGGUGAUGUGCAAGAUCCUCUUCUACCUGUGCCUGGCCAACAUGUACGCCUCCAUCCACAUCAUCAUGCUGAUGAGCCUCUACAGGUUGGUGGCCAUCCUAUGGCCCGGGCGCAUCAGCACCAUCACUGGCAAGAGGACUGCAAUGCGGCUGCUGGCAGUGCUCUGGGCACUGGUGAUCAUCUCUUCAGUUCCUGCCAUUAUCUUCAGAGAUACGAGGCAUCAAAAGAAUACUAUAGUGUGCGACUCGUUCCAUGAAAAACCCUCUCAUACGGUCCUACAGUACUCGAUGGAACUGGUGCUGGGCUGUUUCAUCCCCUACAGUGUAAUUUUGGUCAGUUACUUCUGCAUCUUACGGAGGAUCCGACAGACUAAGUUCCGUCGGCGAAUUCGCAGCGAGAAGCUCAUCUUGGCCAUUGUGCUAACCUUCUGCCUCCUCUGGUUGCCCUACCACAUGGUCAACAUAGUGCAGGAAAGUCCUACAUCCGUCGUGAAGGACUGGCAUUCAUGGCUCGCUUGUUUGAAGGCACAGGAAUCGACCCAAUCACCAGGAAGAGCAGACAGAACAGCCAGAACAGUCGGGACAAAGAUAGAGAAGCUGACUCUGUCAUGCUAAAGGACAAGGAAUCUGGAACAAACUCUAGUUCUACUGCUAAACCAUCCAAGAAUGGCAAAUAAACCCUGAACUUCAGUAGAAGAUCUGCUCAAAACCCCCUCUGGUCUAUGAACGACAUUUGAUUUCAGCUGGAGUGCACUACCGCAAAGCAAGGACUCGAACAAAUAUUCUGAUGUUGCUCAACGUGGAUGCAGGUAAAUGGAACCUGACAUGUUGCCGACGGAAUGUGUGUGUUUGUGGUGUCGCUCCGACCACAUUUGAUGCCAACGCGGUGAGCUCAGAGCUUGGAGCUGCUCAUAACUGCUGCCCAAAAACAACACUGUGGAUUUAAAUGUCAAAUCCAUAAAACACUUCAUAGAAUUUUACAUUUUACUGAGAUGUAUUUUGUGCACGCUUAAUAAUUUGGAGUUUUCUCCAUAUCUGUGUUUUUUAUUUUGAAGAAAACCAAACGGAUGUUCUAAAGCAGCAAAAGUCAGUAUUUCUUCAGUGGAGUGAAGAUAAAGAGGCACCUGAUCUGUGUGUACAGAAAACUCAUUUAAUGCACUUGUUGAACUGUUAUAGCAGAAAGUGUGUAUGCAGGUGUGUGUCACUGUGUGUGUGCUUGCUUAUUUUAAAUAAAUAAAUAACCACAUAAAUUCCACUA